CCGGGUGGAUCCCUCCGCCUGCCGUAGCGGUGCUGAGGCCGAGGGAGCCGCCAUUUUGGAUGUUCGGUUCCCGUCGCCGCCGCCGCCCCCGGAGCUCCCGGUUGCAGUCGAGGUUUGGGGCCGGGAGGAUGAAGCGGCAGCUGCUGGUGGUAGAGAGGAUGCCAGCCCCCAUUAGACUACGGGAGCUGAUCCGGACCAUCCGGACAGCCCGAACCCAGGCAGAAGAACGAGAAAUGAUCCAGAAAGAAUGCGCUGCUAUCCGGUCUUCCUUCAGAGAAGAAGAUAACACCUAUCGCUGUCGGAACGUUGCAAAAUUACUCUACAUGCACAUGCUGGGCUACCCUGCACACUUUGGACAGUUGGAGUGUCUCAAGCUUAUCGCUUCUCAAAAAUUCACAGAUAAACGCAUUGGAUAUCUAGGAGCUAUGCUACUGUUGGAUGAAAGACAGGAUGUCCAUCUUCUAAUGACUAACUGCAUCAAGAAUGACCUUAAUCACAGCACACAGUAUGUGCAGGGGCUUGCACUCUGCACCCUUGGCUGCAUGGGCUCCUCAGAAAUGUGCAGAGAUCUUGCGGGAGAAGUAGAGAAACUCCUCAAAACCUCAAACUCAUACUUAAGGAAAAAGGCAGCUCUGUGUGCUGUGCAUGUCAUCAGAAAAGUUCCCGAACUCAUGGAAAUGUUCUUGCCAGCUACCAAAAAUUUAUUGAAUGAGAAAAACCACGGUGUUCUUCACACAUCUGUUGUUCUCCUCACAGAGAUGUGUGAGAGAAGCCCAGAUAUGCUGGCACAUUUCCGAAAGAAUGAAAAGCUUGUACCACAGUUAGUUCGUAUUCUAAAGAAUCUCAUCAUGUCUGGAUAUUCACCAGAGCAUGACGUGUCUGGGAUCAGUGACCCCUUCCUGCAGGUGCGAAUUCUACGGUUAUUAAGAAUUCUAGGACGAAACGAUGACGACUCCAGUGAAGCGAUGAAUGAUAUAUUGGCACAGGUUGCCACUAAUACAGAAACAAGUAAAAAUGUAGGAAAUGCUAUUCUCUAUGAAACUGUCUUGACUAUUAUGGAUAUCAAGUCAGAAAGCGGAUUACGAGUCUUAGCCAUUAACAUCCUGGGCCGGUUCUUAUUAAAUAAUGACAAAAACAUUAGAUAUGUAGCUCUGACAUCUUUAUUGAAGACGGUUCAGACAGAUCAUAAUGCAGUACAGAGGCAUAGAAGUACCAUUGUGGACUGCUUGAAGGAUCUGGAUGUCUCAAUUAAACGGCGUGCAAUGGAACUUAGUUUUGCCCUGGUCAAUGGGAAUAAUAUUCGUGGCAUGAUGAAGGAACUACUGUACUUUUUGGAUUCUUGUGAGCCAGAAUUUAAGGCAGAUUGUGCAUCUGGAAUCUUCCUUGCUGCUGAAAAGUAUGCACCUUCUAAAAGAUGGCAUAUAGACACAAUUAUGCGUGUUCUAACAACGGCAGGGAGUUAUGUCCGAGAUGACGCUGUCCCCAACCUGAUUCAGCUGAUAACUAAUAGUGUGGAGAUGCAUGCCUACACUGUCCAGCGCCUUUACAAAGCCAUUCUUGGUGAUUAUUCCCAACAACCUUUGGUACAAGUGGCAGCCUGGUGUAUAGGAGAGUAUGGCGACCUUCUGGUAUCUGGUCAGUGUGAAGAGGAGGAGCCCAUUCAGGUUACAGAGGAUGAAGUAUUGGACAUUUUGGAAAGUGUUCUAAUCUCUAACAUGUCCACAUCUGUUACACGAGGCUACGCCUUGACUGCCACGAUGAAGCUCUCUACCCGAUUCACCUGUACUGUCAACCGAAUUAAGAAAGUGGUGUCCAUCUAUGGAAGCAGCAUUGAUGUGGAACUGCAGCAGAGGGCAGUAGAAUAUAAUGCACUUUUCAAGAAAUAUGACCACAUGAGGUCAGCCCUGCUUGAGAGAAUGCCCAUCAUGGAGAAGACAACCACAAAUGGUCCCACGGAGAUUGUACAGACAAAUGGAGAGACUGAGCCAGCCGUACUAGAGACAAAACCACCUCCUACAGGGCCUCAGCCUACUAGUCAGGCUAAUGAUUUAUUGGAUUUAUUGGGAGGAAAUGAUAUAACACCCGUCAUUCCAACUGCACCUACAAGUAAACCAGCCUCUGCCGGUGGGGAACUUCUUGACCUGCUAGGAGACCUCAACCUCACAGGUGCUCCAGCCUCUGCUCCUGCCUCCGCUCCAGUACCACAAAUAUCACAGCCUCCUUUCCUGUUAGAUGGGCUCUCAUCACAACCUCUCUUCAACGAUAUUGCUGCAGGCAUCCCCUCCAUCACGGCGUAUAGUAAAAAUGGCCUGAAGAUAGAAUUCACCUUUGAGAGGUCCAACACUAAUCCCAGUGUCACGGUCAUAACGAUACAAGCCUCCAACAGCACAGAACUGGACAUGACAGACUUUGUUUUCCAGGCUGCAGUACCAAAGACAUUCCAGCUGCAACUCCUGUCUCCUAGUAGCAGCAUCGUCCCAGCGUUUAACACAGGGACUAUAACACAGGUCAUUAAAGUUCUGAAUCCACAGAAGCAACAACUGCGAAUGCGAAUCAAGCUCACGUAUAAUCACAAGGGCUCAGCAAUGCAGGAUUUAGCAGAGGUGAACAACUUCCCCCCUCAGUCCUGGCAAUGAGGCUCUGGCACCAUUCUUACUCUCACCCCACCCCAUCAAAAGAACUCUGGGAAGGAGGUUGUGAUCCCUGGCAAAUCCCCCCCAAACUGCACCAUGGGCAUGAGGAGCAGAAGAGAACCGUUGAGGAGGAAUUUCCUAAAGUUGUUGCUGACCUUGGAGCAUAUCUUGUUAGAGACUAAUCUCCUCCCCUCCAAUGCCGAGGCUGGCCGCUUCCGGAGGCAACUGUGCACUCUUACUCUUCUCCUCCUCCCCGUCUCCCACCCUUUCCCCCCACAUUCACAGCCAGAAACAACAUUCCCCUUGCCCUCGAGGAUAUAUGCAGCUUGUUUGGAGGAGAGGACUGGAGUUCGUGCAAGAAAACGUUCACCCUGUCUCUGCAGCAAGUGGUCGCCCCCCCUUCUUUCUGCUGUUGUUUCUGGGAGCGGGUGAUGGGGCGGAAUGGAUGCCUCGCUAGCUGGGUUACCAUCUUCAGGCAUUUCUUACUCCUGGGAUUCAGGAUGGAAACCUAUCAAAUGGACAUUAGGGAGCCCUGCCUUUUUCUUUGGUUCCCCCAAUGUUUGAAAGAGGUGUUAGGCUCCCGGUAACCUUUUCUGUGCAUCGCUGUAUGAACACACACACACACACACACACACACGUAUGUUCGUUAGCUGUAUGAUAACCAAGAGCAGGACAGACUUUGAGAGGUUGUCUGUGCACCCUGAACAGAUUGUUAAAAUGGUGUUUCGAUCUGAUCUGGUAUGAAGGAUACGGUGCCGUAUUUGGGUUAGAAAAUCCCAACUCUCUUCUAGCCCCUCUAGCUCACUCCACCUAGGCUGUGGUCAUGUACGUUCGCCUCAGUUUUCAGACUCUCUUCCCCCCGAAAGCUCAAGGUGGACAGUUGAUUAAACCGACGCCGGGCAGUUGUCGAACUCCUGCCCCCACGGAUAUUAAAAUUCUGCCUGGGCGGUUACUUGACCGUUCGGUGGCGGAAGGCUGGUAGACCAGAUAAGUUGCAGCCGAUGAAAGCAAUCAGACUCAUAGAGAAAAAAGUCCCUCUUCCCAAAUGAAGCCCGAAAACCAGACUUCUCCAAGAACAUGUUGGAGAGUCUCCUCUUCCCCGUUACUCGAAUCCUCCCUUUUAUUUCCUGAGCCUGGCUUGGACCUUGGCAUUCCGUUUUUGAAUUCCUUCUUCUAACUGGAACAUUUGUGUUGUAUCUGUAACACUGGCACUGAAAUAAAGACCAUACGGUUAAAGAAAUCUUUCCUAUAUCGUACUUGAUGGUGUUGGAAUGAAGCCUUGCGGCUUCCUUGCCUCCGGUGUCAGUGAAAGUCAAGUAGAUGCUGUAGAGGAGGACUCUCCCCCACCCUGACCCCCAAAUGUGGCUGUUUAGCUCUUCUCUUUACACCGUGGUCAAUCUCACGGGCACGUGGGGCCAAAAAUCUGAGCUCUGACACUCUGUGGAACGGUUAGAUGUGCCGAGUGCCUUCAGAAAAGAGCCGUGCAUGAACUAAAAGGUACACCUUAGGUUAGAAUUCAUUGGGAGAACAAGGUGGCUGAGACACCCAUGUUGCCCAGCAGGUAGAUUUUGUACAUUGAAAUAUAUCAGGGCUACAUGCUAGUUAUGUUCUUGCGAAUUCUAGAAGAGGUAAAAAUGGAGCCCACCUGACGCUUUUUCAUCCUCGCAUUCGAAUACGUUUUUUGCUUGCUGUGUUCUUGCACAUUCUAGAAGUCGGUAAAAGCGGGGCCCGCCAAACUCUUACAUCCUCAGAAGCACGGCUUCAGCGGAUACAUCUCGCAAAUCAUGCCAUUGUCUUAAAACUCGUCCCAGGUCGCAUUUUUCUCUGUUCCGGAAAGCCUUUCCUGACGACGACUCUGUCCUGUCAAAUCUAGCGCUGUAUCAGAGGCUGGAAUAUCCUUAAUUUGGCUGACAAAGCGGAGUCGGGCUGAGGCUCUAAGGGAACAUUCUGGUCUUAACUGGCGUGUAAGAGUGAGGUCUGCUAAAGCUUAUUCACUGGUUUAAAAUUGAGCGACAUGUCCUUGCACACAGACUUUAGUAAAGUUAUUGUGAGCAAGGGACUGUUUGGAGAGCUGCUCUACCUCUGGGACUUUCAAUAUAUGCUUCCUGAAGGUUUCUUUCCAGGCUGACUUUUCUGAAUGGAUACUAAAUGCUGUGAAAAUUGGGGAUUUUAGUAAACGUGCGUCUGUUGACUGGGAUUUUUGUUUCAGUACUCAUUUGCGGUAGAGGCUCCCUUGGCCUUCCGGUAUUUUUUAGAUGACCAGCGCAGGCCUCCUUGGCCAGAGAAGACGGAAGUUUAGGUUCAGAAGGAAUUGAUUGGAGAGACUGUCUCUAAAGGACCGGACGUACUGUAUGAGGACAGAACGUUUCUUCGGUGUCUGAAACUUUGGAGGGAGAGCAGUGCGAUCUGUGUGUCAUCUGUGAAUCUACAAGGAAUGAAAUAUCAUGGCCUUAAUACAAAGGGUGCUGUUUAAGCCAGUGUAAAUUUAGAUACAGAAGCUGUGGGCGCUCUACUGAAGGAUUAGCAACCUCGUACCUGCCUACGAUGGUUGCGGAAGUCCAUUUCCCAUGUUCAGAUGAUGGAAUGCUUCAGCGUGCCUUAGUUUCCGGGACCCGAGUUAGCCCUCCUCUUCUCUCCCACAGGCUUUGCAGCUGAAGGAGAAUUUACUCAGUUGCUGGGAAUAUGGCCGAGUUCAGUGGUUCCUUUAAUUGGAAAUACUCACUGGAUGAGCGAAAAGAGGCGGAGUUAAAGCAGCAUGGGCCAUUAUAGGGAACUAGUCACCCCCAAACCUAUUUAAUACCUCAGGUUUGGGAGCCGGACACGUACACUUCCUUGGACAAUUUCUCAUGCACUUUUACCUCAUUCUGGUCUCUCCUCCAGAGUAGCCUGUAUCUUUUCAAGUAGUGGUCUCGAGGGAGUCCCGACUGAGCAGAGUAAGCGCGUCCGAAACUCUGCGAAUACGUGAAGCGCUCUCUUUGGAAUGACUUCUGCCACAGGGCUCCAGUGCUGGUUUAUUGAUGGGAUUGGGAAUGUGUCGCAUCGACCAAAAGGCAGAGCGUUUGAGGUCACCCUCUAACCCGAGGUCUCAUCCGGAGGAAGAUACCUCCACGUAAACCCGAGUGGACUCUUUCUUUCCCUCUGUUGACAUAGGGUACCUUUUUGCACCCUUUGCUCAUUUCAUCCGUGCGUGAAAGCGGGAUUCUAAAUCGUCCCGCCCAUGCCAUCUGAAUAAGGAACGAGCGACAGCUAUUCGACACACUUCCCGUUUUUACAUCCUCCUAGAGAGGUGGGGGUGGGACACGGUUCAAAGGGGAUCCCGACUUGUGCGGUUAAGCUUCUUCCUUAACGUUCUGAUUGACGAAUCUUUGGGCCGUGAGAACUGUUGGGGCGACGGGAGAGGUUGAAUGUCUUAUAUUUUUUCUAGUGAAUGUAUUUUAACUUAAGUGUCCUGAACCAAGAAACAGCAGGAGGAGGAGGACAGCGAAAGGAAACACAAAAGUCGUUGGUGUGCGUGUGUGUGUAUGUGUGUGUGGUUGGAAUUGUAAUUUGGGUGAGUUGGUGAAAAGAGAGCCUGGAAAGUCCUGAAGUUUAGUCUUCUUUGCCCAACCUGGGGGGGUGGGGGGGGUGAGGGGCCGCACAUGGAACUGGAUGUGAACAAUUUUUUUCAAGCAAUAGCAAAUGGGUCCCGACUACCCAGGCCCUCGAACAUUUAACACAGAAGAAAAUGCUGAAGCAGCUCGGGCAAGCACUUCAUUCCCUUCCGUGGGGCUGGUUCUGGCUGCCAGGUGGAGCAGUGGGAAUGAUUUUUUUGAGAACCUGCUGUUGCGCUUUCUGUGUGUUUUGUGUUUAUUUUCUAUUUAGGGGCUGCGAGGGAAAGAACCAAUGAACUCUUUCCUUUUGUAAACUCUCACUUUGUUCCUGUAAAGUUCCCUUUUCUUUCAUGAUAUUGUACGUUACAUUUUACAUUGAGCCCCCGACUCCUUUCCUUUACUGUAAAAAACAAAACGAAAAAAAUAUUAAAAAGGCUGAUUCCAAGAGGGGGCGGCUGAUGAAGUUCUAAUUAUUGCAGACAUAUUUUUGAGAUGUAAAAAAAUUGAAAAUUAAAUAAGUCUUAGAGGUGAGUGAGGAGUAUAACGGAUGUAAACAUUUAAAUGGGAUGCAUUAGAAUUCUGCUGUGUGUAUUGUCUUUUGGUUGAAACAAAUUAUGAACAGUGACUAAUAAAAGUCAAUACUCGAUGAUUUAAAA